AUGGUUGCUGUUGGUUGUAGACUGAAUUUUGUUACUUAUAAUACUAUAAUUGAUGGUCUUUGUAAAGAUGGAUUAAUUGAGAAGGCUAGACAAUUACUUUUGGAAAUGAAGGGUUCCAGAAUUAGUCCAAACGCAGUCACUUAUACCACUCUAAUUCAUGGUUUGUGUUGUGUGAGUGAUUGGGAGAAGGGUAAAAGUUUAUUUAUUGUGAUGAUGAAUCAAGGUGUGCAGCCUUUCGUGAUGACAUUUAAUGUGGUCAUAAAUGAACUUUGCCAGAGAGGGAAAUUAGACGAAGCAAAUAGGUUGUUGGAACUAAUGAUUCAAAGAGGAAGAAUUGGUGAUGCAAGGGAGUUGUUUGCUUUUAUAACUAGAAAGGGGUAUACAUCUCAUGUAUGGUAUUGCAAGAACAAAAAUGUCAACAAAACUCUUAUCCUUAGUCGAGAGAUGAUUUCAGAAGGAAUUAAGCCUGAUGUGAUUGCGUAUAACACUUUGUUAACUGGCCUUUUUCUUAAAGUUGAGUGGAAAGAUUUCAUAAUUUAG